AUGGAGGUGUUAAAGGUGGCACUGCUAAGCUUUGCGGCAAGCACUGCUGCAUACGGCGCACCAGCAUUGGUCUCCUCACCGGGACAGAGCGCAGCAAUUCCAGCAUGGGAUCUUCAAUCGACUGCCAGUGUGCACAAUGAUCUUAGCGACGUUUCAAAACCAAGCUACGACUCUUCAUCAUGGCACCAUGUCGGCUCGAAAGGUACCCUGAUGGGCGGUCUUGUCGAAACCGGCGUGUACAACGCAGACGACCUCUUCUACUCAACCAAUCUCGAAGAUACAGUUGACUCGUCCGAAUUCGCUGUUCCCUGGCUGUAUCGACAAGAGUUCCCUCUUCAGCCAGGUCAAGGAAAGCACUUUCUUCUGCAGACGAAUGGCAUAACUUCUAAGGCAGAUGUCUGGCUCAAUGGGCAACAGGUGGCGAACAAGUCUGUUCAGGCUGGUGCCUAUGGAGGACGAACAUAUGAUGUGACGAAGUUGGUGAAUGGUCAGAAUGCGCUGGCGAUCAAGGCCUAUCCAACAGACUAUAACUUGGACUUUGCUUUGGGCUUUGUGGACUGGAAUCCUUAUCCGCCUGAUAAUGGGACUGGAGUGUGGAGGGAUGUUGAUGUCAAGCAGACGGGAUCGGUCGCUCUGGGACCGACGAGGGUCAUCACAGAUUUCAAGCAGCCAGGCGCGAGCUCAGUGCAGGCUACGGUGAAGAACGAGCUGUGGAAUUUGGAGAACAGGACCUUUAAUGGCCUUCUGACCGCCGUACUCAAAGAUGACGAGGGGAAGACUGUGGCCACCGCAUCGCAGAAGUUCACCAUUGGGGCUUCUUCGAAGACGACCAUAGCCCUUCCAGCUACGAUCCAGAACCCUCAGGUCUGGUGGCCUAAACAAUGGGGCGAUCAGCCACUCUAUACCGUGCAACUCACCGUACGUACCGCGAACAGUCUCUCGGAUCAAGCGACACGUACUUUCGGCAUCCGCAGCGUCACCUCCCAAGUCAACUCCCACAACGACACCAUCUUCAGUGUGAACGGCCGUCCCUUUCAAGUCCUAGGCGGAGGCUAUUCGUCCGAUAUCUUCCUCCGCUGGGAUCCCGCCAAAUUCGCCACGCAAGCACAAUACGUUCUCGACAUGGGCAUGAACACGAUCCGCCUCGAAGGCAAACUCGAGCAUCCAGAGCUUUACGACAUCUGUGACCACAUCGGGCUGAUGGUCAUGCCGGGUUGGGAAUGCUGCGACAAGUGGGAGGCAUGGUCGUACAAUGACGAUGUCACGGAUGCGCCGUUGUGGAAUAAUAAUGAUUAUAUGACUGCUGGACAGAGCAUGAAGUAUGAGGUUGGUGCUCUGCAGGGCCAUGCGAGUUUGUUGGCGUAUCUGGUGGGAAGUGAUUACUGGCCAAACCAGCGAGCUGCGAAGAUGUACGUCGACACUCUGAGGGAGGGCGAUUGGGAUGUGCCGAUUAUCGCCAGUGCCGCGAAGAGAGGAUACCCUGAAUGCAUUCUUCCACCUAGUGGAUUCAAGAUGGAUGGACCGUACGAUUGGGUACCUCCAAACUAUUGGUAUGGAGACCAGCUCGGUGCUGCCUUUGGGUUUGGCAGCGAGCUGGGAGCCGGCGUAGGGACCCCCGAGAAAGGCAGCCUGCAGAAAUUCUUGAGCUUUGCAGACAUGGAUGAUCUAUGGCAAAGCCCAAACAAGCAGCUCUACCACAUGAGUCGCGGAGAAUCUUCGUUCAACAACCGAACAAUCUACAAUCAAGCCCUUUAUGCGCGAUACGGGGAUCCUACGAGUUUGGAUGAUUACCUCCUGAAAGCGCAAAUGAUGGAUUACGAGGCUACGAGGGCGGAGUAUGAAGGCUACGCGGCGAAGUGGAAUGCCGAACGGCCUGCUACGGGAGCGAUCUAUUGGAUGCUGAACAACGCCUGGCCUUCGCUGCAUUGGAAUCAGUUCGACUAUUACCUUCAUCCUGCUGGCUCGUACUUUGGGACGAAAGUUGGGUGUCGAGUUGAGCAUGUGGCGUAUGACUACCAGAACAAGACCGUGUAUCUGAUCAACCGCUCGCUGGAUAAUACUGGGGCGAGGAGUGUUGAGAUGGAGGUUGUGGGUUUGGACGGAAAGAGCAUAGCGAGAAAGAAUGUAUCGGCGACCACCGUGCCCAAUACGAGCAAGGAGGUGGGCAAUGUACCUGGAAUCGACAAGAUCAAGAACGUUGGCUUCCUGCGGCUCGUGCUGAGGAACAACGCCGGCGAGGUGCUCAGUCGAAACGUAUACUGGCUCACCUCUGGCAACGAUGAGCUAGACUGGGACGACUCCACGUGGUACUAUACGCCCGUCACAGACUUCGUUGACUUAACUUCCCUUCAACAUAUGAAGCCAGCAAACGUCCAAGCUACAGCAAAACAUUCAGAACGAGGCUACUCGAUUACUUUGGAGAACCAGUCGAACGUGCCGGCCGUCUUCAUUCGAUUGAACCUGGUCGAUAGCAGGGGUCAGGAUAUCACGCCUGUGACGUGGGAAGAUAACUAUGUGAGUUUGCUUCCUAAAGAGACGAUGACAGUGGCGCUUAGCUUUGAUGGGAGGCAGCAAGGUGCGGCUGUGGAGAUGAGUGGUAUCAACGUCAAGGCUGGGAAGAUCGUGCUUGGGCGAUGA